GCUCCAGUUUGAUACCGUGUCCCAUUCCAUAGUAUCAGUAUGACACCAUAUCCUGCCCUACAGCUCUGUGUUCCUCAGCCCUGCAGCCUUCCUCUCGCCAUGCUCCUCCUCACCAUCCACGCGCUGACCUUCGCUGUGGGUUUUCCUGCCAACAUCAUCACCUUCAUCAUCCUCCUCACCAAAAUCCGAUGUCACCGUCCUCAUCCCCAGCUCACGGCUGCCGAUCUCCUCCUCCUCCACCUCACCACCGCCGGCCUCCUUGUCCUCCUCUUCCUUGCCUUCAAGUUGGCUGAGGUGGCUGCCAACAUGUUGUGGCCCUUCCCCAAAGCGCUCUGCCCCAUAGCAAACUUCUGCUUCUACUCCAGCAUCUACCUCAGCACUCUCUUUAUGGCUGCCCUCAGUGUGGAGCGCUACUUUGGGGUCGUGUUCCCACACCGCUACAACCGGCGCCGGAGGUUAUGGCGGACGAUGGCCGCCAGCGCCGUCCUUUGGGUGGUGGCAUUGUCCCAUUGUUCCAUCGUCUUUGUGGCAGAACAUCACAGAGAGUUUGGGGUCAGUGGGUCUGAGGCUGAUGGGGAACGUGGUUUCGGGCUGUAUCAGAUCAAGAAUUGGGCAUCUGGAAUGGACAAUUCCACUCACGUUGACCCCAUUGGGCUGAAGAUGGACAACUCCCAUUGUUUUGGGGUCAAUGGAUUCCAGCUUGGGGGAUUUGAGUUGACCCAACUUAACGGCAUUGACACCGAUGUCCCCAACACCUCCACUGCUGACGUCACCGCUCCCAGUGGAUCGAAGAUCCCCAGUCUCAACAUCUACAGGAUCUCCAGCCCCAAGACCGACCUCAACAUCUCCGCCCUCCAAUUCUCUGCCUGCACAAACACAAACACACCCCACAUCCCCACCACCACCCCAUGGACCUCUCAGAACACCUCUGAGACUAAACACCGCUGGGGCUGCCAGUGCUACGAUGACUUCUCCCCAACCCAGCUGCGCUUCGUUCUCCCGCUACGCCUCAAGCUCUUCCUCGUCCUCUUCCUCCUCCCCUUUGCC